GUCACGUGCCGGGGGUGCGCGGAGGCCGCACGAUGGUGGCGCUGGGGCCCGGCGGCGGCAGAAGCAGCAGCAGCGGCGGCGGCGGCGGCAGGAGCAGCGGGUAGAAAAUGGCGGAUUUCGAGGAGCUGCGGAAUAUGAUAUCCAGUUUUCGUGUCUCUGAACUUCAAGUGCUCUUAGGGUUUGCUGGGCGUAACAAAAGUGGGCGGAAACAUGACCUCCUGAUGAGGGCACUGCACUUGCUGAAGAGUGGCUGCAGCCCAGCCGUUCAGAUAAAAAUCCGGGAGCUCUACAGGCGUCGGUACCCUCGGACCAUCGAAGCUCUUUCAGACCUGUCUGCUAUAAAACCUGCAGUUUUCAACCUAGACAGCAGCUCUCCUCCUGUCGAGCCCGACCUGGCUGUUGCUGGCAUUCACCCACUCCCUUCUACUUCAGUCACACCUCAGUCUCCCUCUCCUGUCAGCCCUGUGAUCCUCCAAGACAGCAAGCCACACUUUGAGAUGCAGCAGCCAUCCCCUCCCAUCCCACCCGUUCACCCCGAUGUCCAGCUGAAAACCCUCCCUUUUUAUGAUGUGCUGGAUGUGCUCAUAAAACCUACAAGUCUAGUACAGAGCAGUAUUCAGAGGUUCCAAGAGAAGUUUUUUAUCUUUGCUUUAACACCUCAGCAAGUCAGAGAAAUCUGUAUUUCCAGGGACUUCUUGCCAGGGGGCAGGAGAGAUUACACAGUCCAAGUUCAGCUAAGGUUAUGCCUAGCAGAGACAAGCUGCCCUCAAGAAGAUAAUUACCCUAAUAGUUUGUGUAUUAAAGUCAACGGGAAGCUGUUUCCACUGCCGGGAUAUGCUCCACCACCAAAAAAUGGCAUUGAGCAGAAGCGACCUGGGCGUCCCUUGAAUAUAACAUCUCUGGUGAGGCUGUCGUCAGCAGUGCCAAACCAGAUUUCCAUUUCCUGGGCUUCUGAGAUUGGAAAGAACUACUCCAUGUCCGUGUAUCUCGUCCGUCAGCUGACUUCAGCUAUGCUCUUGCAGAGGUUAAAAAUGAAAGGUAUCAGAAACCCUGAUCAUUCCAGAGCACUAAUUAAAGAGAAACUAACUGCAGAUCCUGAUAGUGAAAUUGCCACAACUAGUCUGCGGGUAUCUCUGAUGUGUCCUCUGGGAAAAAUGAGACUGACAAUCCCAUGCCGGGCUGUUACUUGCACACACCUGCAAUGUUUUGAUGCUGCUCUUUAUCUUCAAAUGAAUGAAAAGAAGCCCACCUGGAUCUGCCCUGUCUGUGACAAAAAGGCAGCUUAUGAGAGCCUAAUACUAGAUGGGCUCUUCAUGGAAAUCCUUAAUGAAUGUUCAGAUGUGGACGAGAUCAAGUUUCAAGAAGAUGGCUCCUGGUGCCCCAUGAGGCCAAAGAAAGAAGCUGUGAAAGUCUCAGGUCCACAGUGUACCAAAAUAGAAAGCUCCAGUGUUGUUAGCAAACCCUGCUCUGUGGCAGUGGCCAGCGAAGUCAGCAAGAAGAAAGUCGACGUUAUUGACUUGACUAUAGAAAGCUCUUCUGAUGAAGAGGAAGAUCCUCCUGCCAAAAGGAAGUGCAUAUUUAUGUCCGAAACACAAGGAAGCCCAACUAAAGGGGUUCUCAUGUACCAGCCAUCUACUGUCAGAGUGCCCAGUGUGACCACAGUCGAUGCUGCUGCUCUUCCUCCUUCAUUAACAGACUACCCAGUACCAUUCCAUCAUCCACCAAUGUCCAGCAUUUCAUCAGACUUGCCAGGUCUAGAAUUCCUUUCCCUAAUCCCAGUUGAUUCACAGCAGUACUGUCCUCCUAUGUUUUUGGAUAGUCUCACCUCAACCUUAACAAGCAGCAGCACGCCUGGCAGCAUCAUCACAUCAACCAGUCAGCAGGAGGGCAGCACUCACGUUAGCUCCUCCAGCAGCAGCAACAGCAGCAGCAGCAACAGCAGCAGCAGCAGCAGCAGCAGCAGGGGCGAGGCAGGAGGAGUCAUCACCACCAGCGGAGGCAGCAGCGCUCCUGACAUCAUCUCCCUGGACUGAAAACAAGGGGGCAGCAUUGGGACUGGCAAAAGCUUUGCUGCUGCCCUCGGCUCUCUCUGGAACUCGAGCAUCUCAGAAGCUGUUUUCUGGUAUUUAUUGAAACGAUUCUUUUUUUGGUUGUUUUUUUUUUUUUUUUUUUUUUUUUUUUUUUUUUUUUUUGUUUUGGGGUUUUUUUUUUUUUUUUUGGAAAACUAAAUGGAAACGAUCGACUUCUCUGUUUUGUUUUGUUUUUUUUUUCUUGUUAAAUAGCUGGUGUAGGCUCUUCAGAACAUGCUUUUAGGCUUUUAGCUUGUUCUGGGGAAACUUGACCUUUUGUUGCUGAGUGGAUUCCACAAAUGGUAUUAAAUGUUGUUGUAAAACAGAGCAAUAAUGUAAAAAUACGAUUGUUGGUUUGGGUUUUUUUUUUUAAUUAUUUUCUUAAAAAAAAAAUAAAAGGCACUUAACCACUCAAGCAGCAACCUGGACAGAGGUGCAGAAGUGUAUGCAUUGGUGAAUUUUUAAUGUUUUCACUGAGGCCUCUGAUAAAAGUUGAUACAGAGAGGCUUUGUGAAAUAGCCAUGACUUGUGUUGUAGGUCUCUUGUGCCCCACCUCCCCUUGAUGUGGGGGCUGUAUGGGAGGGAAGCCUCUGUAAAUGGGAGGUUUUUAAAUUUUUUUUUCUUUUCCCGAGUUUGUUUUUCACAAAUUCAACUAAAUCCUUAUCCUUUGGGCUCAAGAGAGGACAAACUAUGCAAACCCUGCAACACACAGUCUUUUGUGCUGUUAAAGUCACAGGCACAACACUUCUCCAAGCACCAAAACCUCCGAACUGUUUACAGUCGGACUGUACAUAACUUUAAGAGGGGAUAUUAAAAAAUAAAAUAAAAGCCUUUAAAACUCAAAAUUUAGAUCAUAAAGUCCUUGGUGGCCCUCUCUGGCACUGCCACCCCUGGUCAAGCACGUCGCAUGCUUUCUGUGGCAGCUGUGGGGAGACAAAAUGGGGAUUACUUUCUGCAGCGCAGGGUUUUUUUUUCCUAGGAUCUCUUGCUCACAGCUUCUCUUGCUCCUGAAACUUGGGAAUGCUGCACUCUGACUCGCCAUGGGGAAGGCUUGGCUUUGUGGAAGAAGGAAGCUGUAGCUGUAGUUGUGUUCCUAACUGCUGGAAUUACGUGCUCAGGGCUCAGUGAUGCUCUGACCCUACGCUACACGGCCUCCUCCUCCUCCUCAUGGCUCCUUCUGACUUGAUGGAAAUAAAUUCCUUCUGUUCCACUCCUCUGAUGAAUCUGCUGCAGUGCUGUCUCCCCACACACCUCCAAGGGCAACCUCAUCAGUACUGUAUGUAGGUUACAGACCAGGAGAAUAAACUCCUUUACACAGAGGUGGAAUAAUGUUAUUGUCUACAUGUUAACACAGCAGCUUUUCCAAGUGUUGUGUUGCUGUUGAGUGACUGUAUUUUAGAUUACUCCUUCCCAAAUUACCAGCUCUCACUUUUUCCUACUUUUGUGUUCCAUUGUUCUUGGUUUUGUUUUGUUUUGUUUUUUUCUUUAGUCAGGUGUCUGGUGCUUUUUGCCUUCCAUUACUGUUACAGAAUCUGAACGAAGUACACGGAUAAGAAGUGUUGAAGCAGGAUGUAUUGUAACUCAUCUGCCCUGUACUCUCAUCUUUAAUGCUGCAUUGAUGUUCCUCAUUGCCUUUUUUUUUAUAUUAUCUUUUGCUUAAGUCUUCACAUGUUGGUCUUAAUAUUUCAUUCAGUCUUUUCUCCUCCUCUCCUUUUCUGUUGAAAUUUUUUUGUACCUGUUAAGGAUGGGAUUUUAGCAUGAUUAAUUUCCAAUAAAGCCAUGCUAGUCAUGAAGU